UCCGUUUCAGACACAGAGCGUGAGGAAAGAGAGCAUAGAAGCUGGCAGAAACAAGGGACAAGAGAAAGAAAAAGCCAAAGAAGUGCAGGAUUAGUAGGAGACGGUACAUCAGGCACCCUGGGAGGAAGCCACAUAAAGAAGGAUGGAGGAAGAAAGCAGUGGGAAAACAUCUGUCCAGACAGAAAUAAUGACUGAAAACCUCAUUGAGGAAAAUACUGAGUCUAGACCUAUCCACACACCAGAUGAAAACAACAAGAUUGACAGUGGAGACCCUGAUGAGGAGAUUUCAGAGGAUCAAUGCAGAAGAAGUUCGGAGACACUGGCACAGGAAGCUAUGAUAACUGCAGAUACACAAGCCGAUGAGGACUACCUCCCAGAGACCCACCUGUCAAAGGUGGAUGACGUGAACCCCCCAUCAGUGUCACCUGAUCCCCCCACCACAAAGGAUGCCCCUUCUGAGCCAUGCUGGUAUUGUCUGAGGUCUCUUGAGGCUGAAUCUCUUCCCAAAGUUACGAAACAGGAGGAAAACUCUGAUCCUGAAUUACCUCUGCUCUCUAGUGGCCAGAAAAUAAACUACCAGACAGACCCUCGGCCUCACUUUGGUGUCGCCUGCUCCUCCCACUCUACAUGUCAGCCACUGUGGGGAAGCGAGGGGCCUAGCUGGGGACAAAGAACCCAGGAGGCUGACCAGACAGACAUCUGUCCACACUGCCAUCUUGGCUUGACCCCUGACACCCUGCGCUGGCAUGAGGCAAAAUGUCUGCUGUUUGAGGAGCUGAGGAGUUCCAAGAAAGAAAAUUAAUCACUGUGAAAGAUCAAAUCAAUCUAAACAUUGCAUUUAAAUUUUAUUUCAGUAUCCAAACUUCUAAAUUAUUUGUGUAUUACAAAAUUCUUAGUCAUGUCUCAACUUAACUAAUGGUUAGAUAUGUUAUACCAUUAGUAUAGUAUAUUUCCACAUUUUGCAUUAAUUCAUUACUGUGGUACCAUCUUAAUCUCCAAGUGGACCAUUUAUCUAUAUAUGAUUGCAUUUAAAAUGUCAUAUUUAUAGAUAAUUUUACAUUACCUUAUAUAGAAGUGGUAGCUGCAUUUAAUUAGUCUGCUCUGGUUCCCAUGUUGCUCAUCACUUAUUCAGUAGUUUAUUUCCAUUUAUGUCCCUCCACUGUCAAAUUCUUGUUUCCUGCUGUGUCUGUACCAAUUUGCUUGUUACUGUCAUCCCUUGUUUAGCUUGUUAUCUUUAGCUACAUUCUCUAGUUCCUCGUCUCUUACAGAUUUUCUGAGCUUUUUAAUUAAUUUCCUGGACCUCACCUGAGACGCUGAGGGAAUGUGACUAAAUACAAAAAUGAACACAGGGAAGAAAAGGAUGUUACUAAAUGAAAAGGAAAAAAUUCUGUAGAAGGUAAAACUAUGAAGGUAAAAUGCAACUCAAUGAACAGAACACAAAAAUGAAAUGAGAAUACCUGUGAGUAAAAAACAAAAAUGAAAAUAAUCCCAACCAAAUUAUAUGAAAUCCAAAGGACUAAAAAGAAACACAAAGACCCACAGAUCAUUACACUGUCAGAGAAUAAUAUUAAAUGUGUUUAUCAAUAUAUUAUAAAGACAAAAAAUAUUCCCUUUUCUUUGAAUUGAAAUCCUUUGCAACCAUUUUGUAUUCAAAUUCUUCUUGUGCAAAUAAAUGUUAAUCUCUGUACGAUAAUAUGGAGUAUUCCUUCUAUCGUUUUGAGUUAAUGUUUUUGUUAAAUGUCACUAAACUCUCCUCCUAGGUUUGUUGUUUUCUCUUUAAGACCUUUAUAAAAUGUGCAUUAUAAAGCUAUUUCUACUUUUAAGAUACAAUUCUGUAUUUUCACUAAUAUACUAUGGACAGUCAAUAUUACAACAACUUCUGUUUCUCUGUACUAAUGCUGAAAAAAAAAAUAUGCUAAAGCAAAUUAAACAAAAUGUAAUAAUUAUCUAAAGAAUUACAUUUAAAAAGCAACAAAAUUUUCAUUUAUAUCUUUUCUGAAUGGAUAACUGUAAAAUGUUUUAGGGAGAACAAGAAAAUUGUUUGCUAAUUAUUGGAUUAAAAGACAUUAAAACAUGAAAAUAUUGUAAGAGAAAAAGAAAACACAACGGAAAGCUGCUGCUCUGUAAAGAUUAGCUUUUUCAAGCCACUUGGUCUUAAAGCUACAGUGUGUAAUUUUCUGCCAUAUCUAAUGCUCAGACUGCAGAAUAUUACCUGCUUCUCCCAACGCUUCUCCUCCUCCUAAAAUAUGGAGGUUGUCAUAGUACAAAAUGGCUUCUUUAUAGUCGCAGUGCCUAUUUUGUCAAGUUAUGAUGAGCUUUGUUUACUAUGGCAUCAGGGUUCUGCCAAAAGUGCAGAAAUGCAAUAAAUAUUCCUACGAGCAACUUUACUUCAUACAGACAGUCAUAAACUACUCCUCAGGUGCAUGUUUACGGUGUUAAAGGUAUUGUGGGGGAUUUUCGCAAAUUUUUGAAACUUAAAAAAAAAAAAAUGCACAUGCCCAACCCUGUACCCUGUAAACGUGCGCGAGAGCAUGCAAGCAUGCACAAGCCCAUUUCUCUCGUUUCCAGCUACACGCUUGACCCACAGGCUGAAUUGUGUUAAAUGCAUUGGAUAAUUCAAAUAACAAGAUUCGCACAGUGCUGUCUGCCUUGUGUAAAUAACAAUGGGUUUAUUGAAGCAGGUGUAUAAUGGCAUCUUCAACUUCAUCUCCAUGACGAUAAGAAAAAUGCAAGUGGGCCUGAUAGCUGCAUGUUUUCUCCUCACCCAAGGAAUGUUGGCUGUUUUGAGGGUGAACAUUCUCAGU